GUGGCGCCACCUCGCACACGGGCAGCUGCAUAGAAGCGCAUCUUGCUCAUAGAUUACCGAUCGAGGGAGUACGGCUGUGUCGCCGUACAUGUAUCGAAAUUUCAUUGGAUUAUAGAGGUAGCGUCGGUGCGUCUUUCUUCUAGACACACCGCUGUAGCGCGAAGGAGCCGACGUCGUCAGCAUUUAUGUGCUUCUGCUCCGCACGUCGCGGACUCUUCCCCCUUCUCUUAUUUAUACAACACAUAACAAGAGCGUGCACCAGCGAACUGGACAGCGCAACGACACCCACCGUUCACCACAGCAGCACCACUAUUCUCUGCCCGAGUCGCCAUGUCCAAGCUGCUCCGCAAGCACCGCACACGCGACCUCACCAUACUGGACCGCGUAUACGAGCAUAUCAGCCUGCCGCCGCUCAUCGUGGCGGCCAUCGACACACCUGAGUUUCAGCGCCUCCGCACGCUGCACCAGCUCGGCGCCUCCUCCUUUCUCUACCCCGGCGCGGUACACACGCGCUUUGAGCACAGCAUCGGCGUCGCCCACAUGGCCCGCACCCUCCUCCUCAACUUUCAGCAUCAUCAGCCGGAUUUAGGGCUGAGUGAGGUGGAUAUUGAGCUCGGGAUGUUGGCCGGCUUGUUUCACGAUGUCGGCCACGGUCCCUUCUCCCACUUGUUCGAGGACGUCGUCUCGGGCCGCUGCGGGAUUGAGUUCAACCACGAGGACAUGUCGGAGCGCAUUGCACGGCGAGUGUUGGGGGACCUCAUCCCCCGUGCCCACGUCGACGUCGUCGUUGGCCUGAUGCGCGGGAGGCCGAUGCCGGGCAUCACGUACAAUGAGAUUAUCAGCAACAAGCGCAACGGAAUUGACGUGGACCGGUUGGACUACUUCAUUCGAGACUCGAUGUGCUGCUUCGGCAAGCCAACCGUCGACGUCCGCGUGAAUCGGCUUUUUAACUCGGCGAGGAUGGUGUGCGAGGGUGGGCAGUGGCAGCUGGCGUUCGAGCAGAAGCUGGCCCUGUCCCUGCGCGAGAUCUUCACCCUGCGUGCGAAGCUGCACAAGAACGUGUAUCAGCACCAGGUCACCAAGGCGAUCGGACACAUGAUUGGCGACAUCAUCCACGCCGCGGCACCGUACUUCACGGUGGGCGGACACACCUUGGUGGAGUGUGCGCAAGACGAGACACUUUUUGUGAAGCUGGGCGACUGGAUUCUGGAGGCGAUCGAGGCGAGUGAAAGCCCGCAACUGGCGGAGGCGCAAGCCAUUCUGCACCGCCUGCGCACACGCGAUUUGUACCGGGUCGUGUACUCCAGUGCGCUGGACAUCACGCAGCGCGAGGCGUUGUCGACGGUGGAGUGGCACUCCGUCCUGCUCGCACACGCCCACCCGUCGUUUCCGUUCACGAGCAACGACUUCAUCGCCGAGGUGGUGGUGAUUAACCAAGGCAAGGGCGCCGCGGACCCGCUGGAGUCGGUUCUCUUCUUCAACCCAAAGAAACCCUCGCAGCCGCUUACACGGCUAAAGCAGGCAGAGGACGUAAAGCACAGCAGCCCGCUUUUCACGCCAUUGCAAUUUGAGGAACGCACGUUGAUGGUGUUUGAGCGGCGGCCGACCAAUGGCGCGGUACAGCGCGCGUGCGAAGCGCUCUGCGCGGAUCCGGCUUUUACCGCGUUCUUCACGGGGUCGCUCCCCUUCUACAACGUGAAGUGA